UUUGAGUUUUACCAACCUUCUUACAAUAAGAUGGAACUGUGUAGCUGUGCCGUCUCUGGGGUGGGGGUAUAGGUGAAAUGGAAAAAAAAUAUCAGAUAUUUAGAAGAAAAGUUUCUGUGGGAGGAAGGAGGGUGUGCUGGGAACAGUGGCUAUCCUCUGAAAAAAAGAAACAUGCUCCUACAUGAGCUUGGAGCAUCUCAGGUUGGCAAAAAAAUCAGUCGUGCAGAUAAACCCACAAAAGUUACUAGCUUGCAAAACAACAAUAAUAAAUGCUGGCCUUGUAAGAGGCUAGUAGCCUGAGUUUCUUUGGUGGUUGUGGAACAGGAAGCAUGGAAAUGAAGACCACACUCUCUUAGCAGGCUACUCCAAAAAAGAAAAUAAAAAUGCAUUCUACCAAGUGAACUGGUGGAGGCAGGACAAAGUGACCCAUAGCAACCACCCCAGCCUCCACCAACUCACAAUAUUUUCAUGCUGGCUGUGAAAAGGGUACUUCCUGUUUCUACAUUACAAGUCUGGGAACCAAGCUGUUUCAGAGGCAGGCUACUGUAGUGGUCCUUCUUUCUUACACCCCUUCACUCACUCACCUGCAUGGAAUUCUUGGUUGCCUAUAGCUAGCAGGUAAGUUUGUUUGUUUUGUUCAUUUUAUUUUUAUCCUGCCCUUCAUCUAUCAAGAACUCUGGGUAGUUUGCAACAGCCAAAUCCACAAAAACCAAAAACCAUAAUCACAGCAUUAUGAAUGUAGAAGUUACAUGUGUUUUAUUUAUUUUUAGAUAGUGCUGAUUCUAAUCUUUUAAAUAAAUACCUUUUAAAACUUUUGCUAUUGCUCAUUUUAAUGUUUUUAUAUUGUUGAUAAACUGCAUAGAGUUUGGGGUUGUGUUUUUACAUUCAAGCAGUAUAUACAUUUUGUUAAAUAAAAACCCAGUGAAGGCCAGGGAGAAAAAAUAUUAAUAGUACCUGUGGUAGUAGUACUAAUGCCUAAACUUUAUCUCCCCAAAGCCUGAAUGAAUAAAAACAACUAAAGUUGGUAAUCGAAAUAUUUCCCAUAAGGGUAAUAGCCACACUUCCCAAAGCAGGGCAACAUGCAGAAGGGCAACAGCUCAUUGGUGGAGCAUCAGUAGAGUUCUCUGAUCACUCCAUCUCAAGGAUAACAUAGAGCUGUGAAAGUUAUAGAAAAAGGGAAACCAGCGUGAUCUAGAGGCUGAAGGACUUUCCUUGCCACAAAUAGCCAAAACAUAUGGGGCUUUUUAAUUCAGGGGGAAAGACAACAUGAGGAGAGCAUAUCAUUUUAUAAGAACGAUGCAUGGUUUGGCAUAGUGAGGGAAGUCUACUGCCUUCAAGCUCUGCUUAUGGUCUAACUGGAAGCAAUUGGCUAGCUGCUGUUGGAAGGAGGGGGCUGAUCUGAUCAGUCUAGCAGGGCUCGUUUGAUGUUCUUAGGAUGAUCUCCUGUGUAAAAUUUUAGCACACUUUAGAAUGAUACUGUGUGUAGAUAAGUGAAUUUUAGGGGAUGUGGCUUACAAACUCUCUCCCAUGCUUUGAUCCCACUAGGCAGUGAUUCCCAUGACUCAUAAAGCCUGUUAAUUUGCAUGUUACCGUGGUUUCUUUUGCAUGUCACUUCUACAGUAGCUAAUCUUCUAGGAGUUGACAAGCUGCGUCUCCUGAUGUUGGGGAAACAGGACCAUUCUCGAGUGUAGCCUGCAGUGGGGCAGUUAGCUCCCUUCAGCUCCAGCCAGAAUGAGCAGUGGUCAGGAAUGAUGAGAGUUUACUCCAAGAUCUGCCAAUCUGCUAUUGGGCAAUUGGCAGACACCUGCUCUCCCCUCUCCGACUCGCUGCCAGGAAACAGCACGGCUGCUGUGGUCGUGCUUUGGAUGAUCACAGAAAACAUGAAAACUCCACGCUGUCGCUACACUCGUCUGCCCAACCUGCUGGAAGAAGCCCUGUCUUCAGAACCUGAGGAGUCUACUGAACCAGAGAAUCCAGUCUGGACAAGCACAGAAUUUCAUGAGCCUGUGCUAAAUGGGCAAAGCAACAUCCUGCACUUAGAAGAAAUCCAGAAGCUUGCACCACACCUCCCUCUACGAGUGACUGGACACCCAUGGAACCUCAUCUACUGUACAGCAAGGGAUGGAUUUAGCCUGAAGACUAUGUACCGAAGCAUGAGUGAUUUAGCCUCUCCAGUGUUGUUGAUUAUCAGAGACACUGAAGGCCAGAUAUUUGGAGCCUUUUCUUCUACAGCCAUCCAUGUCAGCAGCUGCUUCUACGGCAAUGGAGAAACAUUUCUCUUUUCCUUCACCCCACAACUUAAGGUAUUUAAGUGGACAGGUAAAAACACCUUCUUCAUGAAAGGAGAUGCAGACUCCCUAGCAAUUGGUGGAGGCAGGUAUGUGACUGUGAAAGAUGUUAGUGGGCGGAAAUGGAUUUGUUGUGAAGGGAAGGGGUGCUGCAAUGCAGUCCCAGUCAGAUUAUUAACUUUUGAGGAUGGUCUCACCAUCAGCAGCCCUUUCUGGAGUCUGGGUCCCUCCGCUACUGAAUCAGUGGUACAAGUAAAACAAAUGCCAUCACAGUUCAUCUAGAACAGGUUAUUCCUCAGAAUGUGAGUCACGGUGAAAAGUAUUUUUACUUUUUUCUCUUUUAAAUUUACCACUAUCCACCCCUCACUUAUUUCUAGGUUUCAUGACAUCAAACUGAAGGUUCCUCUCUCCUGUACUUCUUCAGCCAUUAUGAUUUGAGAUACCGAUUACAAAAAGCCCAAUGGUAUUUUUGUGUGUGUCCUUUGAGUGGACAUAGCUGUCUAGCUUUAUUUAGUACACAUUAUCAUCUUGCUCUGCGUCAAGAUCUUCCAAGUUACUGUGGACUCUUUUGUAUACAUGUUGGGAAAAGAUGGUUAAUCAUUGCAGUGGAAAACCAGUUUGGCUGUAUAUAGUUCCAAAGCAUCUAAAUGUAUAAAUAGAAACUGUGGCAAAAUGGUGAGCUCAUUGUAAACCCUUUCAGAGCAGGGGAAAGAAUUUGAGUAGAAAGGAAGCAAUGAGCCCUCUAAUCUGGCUCUCACUACAACCCUUCUUCAAUCAGCCCAGGCAGCAGAAAGCACGUGCACGUGAGAUACCUACAGAGCUGUUGACUCAAAUGAGCCAAACCACACUGUAUUUCUUAUGGAUCAGAAGCUUCUUGUGUUCCUCAUUCUGCAGAAAGUUCAUCCCAUGUUUUGCCU